AUGGCGCAUCCAGUCACAGCCAAGUAUGAUUGGAUUCUUGCAAUUACCACCAUUGCCUUCGUCUUCUCCGCCUUCGGAAACGGUGCCAACGAUGUCGCCAACGCCUAUGCUACCUCAGUCGCCGCUCGUACCUUGACCAUGGUACAGGUUGGCCCGCUUGCCGUAAUAACAGAAUUCAUCGGUGCUGUUGCGCUUGGAGCUCGGGUGACCUCAACCAUCAAGAACGGCAUCAUCUCUAUCGACCGUUUUACAGGCAACCCGGGCGCGCUCAUGUUGGCCAUGGGCUGUGCUGAGGUUGGUAGCGCCUUCUGGUUGAUGCUUGCCACGCAUCUGGGAAUGCCCGUAUCGACUACUCAAACAGUCGUUGGCGCUCUUAUUGGAGUCGGAUUUGCUAGCCAGGCUCCUGUCAAAUGGGCGUGGGAGUCCGGCUCUGUAUCGCAAGUUGCUGCUUCUUGGGGUAUCGCACCUCUGAUCGCUGGUGCAUUCUCUGCUAUUAUCUUCGGCACCGUCAAGUACUCAGUUCUUGAGCGCAAAGAUCCUUUCAAGCACGCCAUGCGCCUCAUUCCCUUCUACUUCGCCAUGACAGGAGCCAUCCUAGCCCUGUUCAUUGUCGUUGAAGCACCUACAGCACCAUCCCUGGAAGAGUUUGGGGCUGGCAAGGCUGCUGGAAUCAUCCUAGGAGUAUUCUUUGGAUGCUUGGCCAUCUGCUAUAUCUUCUUCAUUCCAUUCUUUAAACGCAAGCUUAUCAUGAAGGAUCCUCGUGUCCGAAUCUGGCACGUCAUCUUGGGCCCCCUGCUCCUCAAGGAGACUACCACUCUUUUCUGGCCAGGCAAGGGUAACGAAUACGUCACCGAUUACUACGAGGAUGCCUACGGCGAAGUCCAUGCUGGAACGAACGCGAAGCAGGCUGUGACGAAUUCGACUAACGACGAUGAGAUCAAGAAAGUUGAUGCUGGAUCCCCAUCCGGCUCAGUGAACAACAGUGGCGUUCUCCCUAGCGAUCCAGAGAAGACAAAGCUAGAGGAGAGUGUUGGUGCGCCUGUCCGAAAACUGAAGAACCCAGAGCCUUACGAACGCUGGAUUGUUCCCGUCAAGCAUCUCUCAUGGGUUAACCCUCAGAGGUGGUGGUCAUACACCAAGUUCAUCUUCCUCCGAGGUGUCACGUGCGAUGUCAUUACGCACGACAACGACCUUUUGCGCGCUAUUCACUCCAAGGCCAUUCGUUACGAUGUUCGCGUCGAGCAUCUAUGGACGUACUGCCAAGUUGUCUCCGCUAUGAUGAUGUCCAUCGCUCACGGCUCUAAUGACGUGGCCAACGCUGUCGGUCCAUGGGCCGCUGUUUACCAGACAUACCUAGCUGGGGAGGUUGCGACACGCUCCCCUACCCCCGUGUGGUUCCUGGUUGUCGCUGGUCUCUUGCUCGGUCUUGGUUUCUGGUUCUACGGAUACCACAUUGUCCGUGCGCUUGGUAACAAGAUCACUCAAAUGUCGCCAACACGCGGUUUCUCGGUCGAACUGGGCGCUGCCAUCACCGUUUUGCUUGCUUCUAGACUUGGGCUUCCAGUAUCAACAACUCAGUGCUUGACCGGUUCAGCGGUCGGGGUCGCCUUGAUGAACUACGACCUUGGUGCCGUCAACUGGCGCCAACUGGCUUUCAUCUUCUCAGGAUGGGUCAUGACCCUACCCGUUGCUGGUCUUAUUUCCGGUCUUCUUUGCGUCAUGGCGCUCAACGCUCCGAGCUUCUAA